CUGAAGUGUGUAUAUAACUGCAAUUCAAUUUCAACUUUCAGUUCAGCUUCUAUUUUCUAUUCCAUAGAACAAACAAUGAGGGUUCUAAAAACUAGUUUUAUAAUAGCCAUAGUAUGUUCUGUCCUAAUGAGGGUUCUAUUGGCAGCAGAAAGCUUGGAAGUUGAAACUCAGGCCUUGAAAGCAUUCAAGAACUCAAUCACCGACGACCCGAUCGGUGCACUUUCAGACUGGACUGAUACAAACCACCACUGCAACUGGUCUGGAAUUGCCUGUGAUUCCUCAGACAAUGUCAUUUCAAUUUCUCUGGUGGACAAACAGCUCAAAGGAGAGAUCUCUCCAUUCCUUGGAAACCUCUCCAGCCUCCAGGUUCUUGAUCUAACUUUGAAUUCAUUCACUGGGCAAAUUCCAACCCAGCUGGGGCUCUGCUCACAGCUUUCUGAACUGACCCUUUACACAAAUUCUCUUUUGGGGCCCAUUCCACGAGAGCUAGGAAGCCUUAGAAAUCUGCAGUCCAUAGAUUUGGGAAAUAAUUUUCUGAAUGGAAGCAUACCUGAUAGCAUAUGUAACUGCACAGCCUUGUUAGCACUUGGCCUCAUUUUCAACAAUCUCACUGGUACAAUCCCAUCAAACAUUGGUAACUUAGUUCAUCUUCAACUUUUUGUAGCUUACGAUAACAGUUUGGUAGGUUCUAUACCUACUUCCAUUGGUAGGCUGAAAGCUAUUCAAGCACUUGACCUGAGCGAAAACCGGCUUUCUGGAGUCAUACCUCCGGAGAUUGGGAAUCUGUCCAACUUAGAAGUUCUUCAGUUGUAUGGUAAUUCUCUUACUGGGAAAAUCCCGGCUGAACUUGGUCGUUGUAGGAAGCUGAACGCUCUAAACAUAUAUAUCAAUCACUUCACCGGAGGCAUUCCUCCUGAGCUCGGAAAUUUGGUUGACUUACAAAUUUUGCGCUUGUACAAAAAUAAGUUGAACUCUACAAUCCCUCUAUCCUUGUUCCGGUUAAAAUCAUUAACUCACUUGGGACUAUCGGAAAAUGAACUUACUGGUACAAUACCUUCUAGGAUUGGAUCUUUGAUAUCAUUAGAAGUGCUGACCCUCCAUUCAAAUAGGUUCACUGGGGAGAUCCCUUCAUCAAUAACAGACUUGGCCAAUUUGACAUACUUGACUAUCAGCUUCAAUUUCCUCUCCGGUUCACUUCCUUCAAAUAUCGGAUUAUUGUAUAAUUUGAAGAACUUAACCCUGAGCAAUAACCUUCUUGAGGGAUCUAUUCCACCCAGUAUCACCAACUGUACGCAUCUUCUAGUUAUUAGCCUGGCUUAUAAUAGACUGGUUGGAAAAAUCCCUGAGGGCCUGGGGCGAUUGUCAAAUCUGACAUUUCUAUCUGUAGGGGCAAAUAAGAUGUCAGGGAACAUUCCUGAAGACCUCUUCAAUUGUUCAAAUCUUAAAUUGCUAGAUUUGAGCAAGAACAAUUUCAGUGGACCCCUUAAACCAAGUAUUGGCCGACUUGCCAAUAUUCAAAUUUUGCGAGCCUUUUCAAAUUCAUUUGUCGGGCCAAUCCCACGAGACAUUGGCAACCUGAAUCAAUUGAUGACAUUAUUGCUCGACACAAAUAGAUUUUCAGGCCUAUUUCCUCCUCAACUCUCCAAGCUCACACGGCUCCAAGGCCUUCAACUGCAUCACAAUGAGCUCGAAGGUGCAAUUCCAGAGAAAAUUUUUGAGCUGAAACAGCUUACCGAUCUUGAGUUGCAGCACAAUAGGUUCUAUGGUCCCAUUCCAGAUGCCAUUUCAGAACUUGAGUUACUUUCAUACUUGGACCUCAGUUGGAACAAGCUUAAUGGAUCAAUUCCAAAAAGCAUGGCGCAUCUUAACCGACUGACAACCUUAGAUUUGUCGCACAACCAUCUCAGAGGAUCUAUUCCAGUGUCAGUCAUUGCAGGGACGAGAAAUAUGCAGAUAUAUUUGAACCUUUCAUACAAUUAUUUGGAUGGAACAAUUCCAGAUGAGCUUGGCACAUUAGAAAUGGUACAGGCCAUUGACAUCUCAAACAAUAACCUAUCAGGGAGCAUUCCUAGAGCACUUGAAGGUUGCAGAAACUUGUUUACUCUUGAUUUGUCAGGAAAUAAACUUUCUGGUUCAAUGCCUGCAGAAAGGUUUACUAAACUCGAUGUGCUAACAAGCUUGAACCUGUCAAGGAAUCAGUUAGAUGGUGGAAUUCCUGAAACUUUGGCAAAUCUGACACAUCUUAGAUCCCUCGAUCUUUCUCAAAACAAGUUCACGGGUAUGAUCCCCAAGAUAUUUGCCAACAUGUCUACCUUGACUCAUCUCAACCUCUCUUUCAAUCAGCUUGAAGGUCAUGUUCCUGAGACUGGAAUAUUCAGAAACACAAGUGCAGUAAGUUUGAUGGGAAACCCAUCUCUCUGCGGAUCCAAAUUCCUUAGGCCAUGCAAGGGCAAGAGCCAAUCGCAUAGGAUCUCCAAGAAGGCUGUUUUGAUUCUUGCAGCAUUAUCUAUUUCCGCACUGCUAAUUCUAGUGUUGGUAAUUUCAAUACUCAGACGGCGCACCAAAAAGCAGGAAACAGAGAAAGUUGAGAAUUCAGAACUAGAAUCCACUUCUGCCUUGGCUCUAAAGAGGUUCAAUCAAAAGGAUUUGGAAAUUGCAACUGAUUUUUUCAGUGAAGAUAACAUUAUUGGUGCCAGCAGUAUGAGUACUGUGUAUAAGGGUAGACUGGAAGAUGGGACGCUGAUAGCUGUAAAGAAAUUGAAUAUACACCAAUUUUCGGAAGAGUCUGAUAAGUGCUUCAACAGAGAAGUCAAGACCCUGAACCGUUUGAGGCACAGGAAUUUGGUAAAGGUUCUUGGCUAUGCUUGGGAGAGUGGAAAGCUUAAGGUUUUAGUUCUAGAAUACAUGGAAAAUGGGAACUUGGAAAGCAUCAUACAUGAGUCGGAUAUGGAACCAUCAACGUGGGGAUUAUCUGAAAGAAUUGAUGUUCUAGUUUCUAUUGCGUCUGGGCUGGUUUACUUGCAUUCAGGUUUUGGUAUCCCCAUAGUUCACUGUGACCUGAAGCCCUCUAACAUUCUUCUGGAUGGAGAAUGGGAGGCCCAUGUGAGCGAUUUUGGGACAGCUCGAAUGCUUGGUAUUCAUCUGCAGGACGAAAGCAGCCUUUCCUCAUCAUCUGCAUUUGAAGGCACUAUUGGAUACUUGGCACCAGAGUUUGCAUAUAUGAGGAAAGUUACGACGAAAGUAGACGUGUUCAGCUUCGGCAUAAUAGUGAUGGAGUUCCUCACAAAACGAAGGCCAACAGGACUCACAGAAGAGGAUGGGUUGCCAAUUACUUUGCCUCAACUAGUGCAGAAGGCCCUUGCUAAUGGAAUUAAUGGGCUACUCAAAGUGGUGGAUCCUCAUCUAACUUCAAAAAUCUCCAAGAAGCAGGAAGUGGUAGAAGCACUCCUCAAAUUAGGCUUGUCCUGCACCUGCCCAAGUCCUGAAGACCGACCAGACAUGGACGUGGUGUUGUCCUACCUUCUGAAGCAAAGCCUUGGUCUUGCAUCUGUUCAAACCCGAAGGGCCAACCAGAUCUGGAUACAAGUGUUGUCUUCCCUUCUGAAGCUAACUAAGAAAGGUAGCAAACACCCUGAAAACAGUUCUCUCAUCCAAGAUUCCAGCAUGAAAUAGGAUCAAAACUGUUGCUCUAUUUUUUUAGAUCAAAGUUGUCACAUUAAGUAGAAAUAAGGACAGCAAAAUCAUUUGUAAAUCAGCUGCUCCCCAUCCUCCUUGACUGGGUGAAAUCAUCUUAGUACUAGCACUUUUUUUUUUUUAAAUGCAUUUGGUGCUUCACUCUCACUGUUGCAGAACUUUCAUGA